AUGAUGUUGAAGGAGCCCAAUCCUCAAAAUCUUAUGAUAGAACCUAAUAAAAAAACUAAAGAUAAUAAUAACAGUGGAAAGAAAUCCGAUGAAAUUUAUAAAGCACCUAAAUUAGCACCGGUACAUUUUGAAGAGAAAGGAGUCAAAUCAAAACAAGAAAAAGAGAGGGCACGUAUUCUUUGGAAGGCAUCUAACUCUCGGUUAGUUCAAGAUUUGAUGCUGGAAUAUGAUGAUCGACCAGAAGAAUCCGAUAUUAUUGGUGGAUUGCAACAUCCAGGAGGAGUUCGGAUACGAGAUAAAGUAGAUAAGGUGAUAGAAGAACGAAAUAGAUACGAGGAGGAGAAUUUUAUUCGAUUGAAUGUUUCUAAAAAGGAAAAAAGGAAGGCUAAAAUGCUUAAAAAGUUUGAAGAUGAGUUUGAGAACUUGGAUGAUUUUAAAAGUUUAAACAAUAUUCGAGAUGAUGUGGAAGCAGCAGAAAAAGAAAAAGGGAAGGAAGAUUAG